AGUCAACUCUAUAAAAAGCACCGCAAAAAAAAUCUUUUUUGACACUUGUUUCUUGUACAUAGUUUAUAUACCAAAUGAGCAAAUUAGCAAAGCAACAGAACCAGUCCGAUUCCGAUCUCUCUUUACAACUCUCAGACGGAUCUUCUCUUUCGUCCGAUACUGACCUACGCCUCGUCAAAAAAACAAAAAAGAAACACAAAAAAAAACCGAAAAAGAAAAAGAAAAACGAGACUCAAUACUGUGUAUGUCGAAAAGGAUAUGAUGGAAAAGAAUUUAUGAUUGAAUGCGAUCAAUGCAAAGAAUGGUUUCAUGGUGCUUGUGUGGGUCUCAAGCCAAAUUCAGUAACAGACCAUUAUUUCUGCAAAUCAUGUACAAAACCUAAACAAAAGAAGACGAUGAUUGUAUUACCAGUCACACCAAAACCAUCAUUGCCCAUAGAAGAGGAAGAUGAAGAUGAAGAUCUAUGUGUGUUAUGUGAUGGAGAUUGUACUUGUGGUGCUGUAGAAGAAUCAUUACCAUCCACUCCCCCACUAUCAAAAAAGAUACAAACUAAAAUUAGUAAGCUCGUAAUGCAUUUGACAGCUGCCUAAAUUUUUCUCAAAAAAAAUAGUCAUCCCAGCACCUCGAAAACCCGGUAAGGCAAUACCAAAAAAGUCGAAUACAUGGACAGUCAAGCAUCUUCAUACAAGAGACGAAAGCAGUAGUGAUUCAGAAAGUGAUUUUGAACCCAUUAUCAAACCCACACCAAGACGUGGUAAAAGUAAAACUCUGUUAACAAACAUCAUGCAUCAAAAAUCAGUACAAAAAGAAGAAAAUGACGGGGAGGAGGAGGAGGAAGAAGAAGAAGA